AUGAAUAUAAAUCUUCUUUUUCUGAAAAAUUUAGAAAACGUAGUGAAAAUUUUCAAAAAUUCUAAAGUUAUGUCCAGGCAAAUGAAAACUAGAAAUACGAUAACUGAGAUUACAAAUAUUUGGAGAUUUUUUUUUUACUUAAAAAUCAACAUUCGAGUAGAAAUGAAUGAAGCUCUUCUUCCGAAAGCUCAUGAAAAAGCUCAAUUUUGA